AGAGAAGAGCGUAAGAAGUUUGAGAGUUUACACUCUCCCUAUAAUAAGUACUGGAUCCCAUGUGUGUGGUUCACUAAUCUGGCCGCAGUCGCCCGCUGUGAGGGCAGAAUCAAAGAUGACAAUACUUAUAAACUUCUAUUGGAGGAGCUGAAUGAUUUCAGAGGGAAGUGCAGCAUGCUUUUUCACUAUGACAUGAUCAGCAUACCGCUGGUCUACACACAGGUUGUGACUUUGGCGGUGUACAGUUUCUUCCUGGUGUGUCUGAUUGGUCGUCAGUUUCUGGACCCGGGUCAGGGUUAUCCGGGUCACGACCUUGACCUUUACGUCCCCAUCUUUACUCUUCUGCAAUUCUUUUUCUAUGCUGGCUGGUUGAAGGUGGCAGAGCAGCUUAUAAAUCCAUUUGGUGAGGAUGAUGAUGACUUUGAGACCAACUGGUUGAUUGAUAGAAACUUCCAGGUGUCUAUGAUGGCGGUGGAUGAGAU